AUGCGCCGCGAGCGCAUCGUGACCAAAUACGUCGCGAAAAAGUCGAACUCCACGCCGCCGCGCAGGUCCCGCCGCAGAAACGCCUCGAAAUGCGUGAUUUUGGGGUUCAGAUUGCGAAACGAGCGGCGCAGAAUCCCAAUGGGGUCGCUGCAGCGCGCCGACGAGGUGUUGGUGCAGUCGGUGACCUGGAUCAGGUAUUGGGCCACGAUUUUGGAGACGUUGAAGCCCUGGUUGUGCACGGAAUUCGAGAUCAGUUGCGCUUCGGCCAUGGAGCGGAUAAAUUGGGCUUGGAAAAGGCGGAUUAUCUGA